CAGGAAAUCGAAACCUAAAGGUGUAAAUAAAUGUGACGGGAGCAGAGAGAAAGGUAAUUUCAGCCCAGCUCGCUACGGGGGACGGCGAAGGAGACUGAACUGAGUGUCCAAGGAGAGGACAAGAUGAAGUCAAUCCCAGACCAACACUGGUUCUUCACCAAUACACUGUGUCUCCUGCUUGGCGUCCUAGUUGACUCCUCUUCCCCGUCCUCCGUCAGCUCCACUGUGGGGAACCAGGUGGUGCUUCCCUGCAGGUGGAAGCCACGCCUGGGGGAGGAGAACCGGCCCCUCUGCCACAUCCAGUGGGCUCACCUGACCGACACCGUCUUCGAGCAGCAGGGGGACCGGACGUGGCAGGCGGACGAGUUCAAGGACCGGGUGGAGGUACAGGGGGAGAAGCUCAGGUCCGGAGACUGUUCCCUGAUCAUCAAGGACGUUCAGUUCGGAGACAGGGGACAAUACGAGAGCUUCGUCUUGGUGGACGGAGAGAGGUCCCAAAAAACUCGUGUCUUCAUUGAGAGUGUCAAGCUGUCUGUGUUCGACCAUAAAUCCCAGCAGACCCGACAAGCAGGUGACGACUUGGUUCUGGAGCUUCACACUCGACACUCAUUCAGAGUCAUCUUCCAGGGCAGGAACUCGUCAGAGUGGUCCGACCUGUGGAUGAGGGGCGAUGAAGACUCUGAACGUGUGGAGAAACACCUGAAGCGCCAGCAGCUGAAGAUCAAGAAGGUGACCCGCUCCGAUGAGGGAACCUACAAAGUCCUGGAUGAGCACGGCCUGGCUGUCAGCACCGUGCAGCUCUCUGUGGAGGAGACGUCCCCAGGUCUCACAUCCCAACAGAAAAUGGAACCUGUACCAACAGAUGUUUCUUCCAGAAGUUGCAGCUCAGCUCUUCUCAUCUUCUUUGCUCUUGUGUUGAGUUCCCAUCUUCUCUGAGAUGCUUCUCGUACAUUGUGAAGUGUGACAGCUGCACAUUCAGCACAGUGAUCUUUGAUUGUGUGUCUGUGUCUUGUUCCCUGUAACUGAGCUACCAAGCUGGGAUCAGACCAUUUAUUUAUGGGUGUUUAACAAUCACUUAGUAGAGCUUUACAUAAACUCACUUUUACAUCCAUCCUGGGUAGCCUGAUCUCAAAGAGCCGUCUUAAAGUGUCUCUCUGGAUCAUCUCCCAACACUGUGACGCACACACAAGAACAAUGAGCGGCCCGGGGAGAACGAGUUCUUUGUAAAGAAGGUUUCGGUUGGAGGAACUUGUCCACAGUCGGAUUGUGACCUGAACCUGAAGCAGACGCUGGUCGGUUUGGCCCAGAUAAGAAGUCACGAGUCUCGUUAGUAAAGUGAAGCGCUGCGUGGCGUUGGUCUGUUGGAGUUAACACACCAACGCCACGUGGCAACACAACAUAACCAGCGAUGCAUCGGUCCCCAAACUAACAGCCUCUGCUUCAGGUGGAUGGUUCACAUUCAGAUUCUGGAAGCUUCAUUGGUCCACAAGUGAGAAGCUUUAAACAACUACAGACUUUAAAAAAAAACAAACAAAAAAAAAAUAGAAUAACAACAAAAAAACUAUGUUAUCAAUGUUGUAACUACAACAUUAUAUAUUUGCAGAUAAUGAAUUUCAGAUAGUGGCACUUUUAUGAGAAUCGUGAGGUGACUUCAGUUUUUAAAAAGACUAAAAAGUAACAACAUAUGGACGUUUGAACAUGAUGCUUUAAAAUGAGUUUAAAGGUUUGGUUUAUCCAAAAAAACAAAAAAAAAAAACGAUGAAAGAAAGACCCGUUGACUCGUGGAGUCUCUAGAAGACCUUUCAUCUUCUUCAGUUGGACCAGGACCGGUGGAGAGUCGUGGUUUAGUUCAGAAGAUCUGUGAGCGUCGCUGAUCAGGAACUCACCAGACUGGUGUCUGUCAAUGACCAGAUGCUCACCUGGGCUUCAGGUCUCGUCCCUACAGCUGUAAGGGGACAGAGGGUAAAGGGACGUCUUCAUCUCUAAUGAGAGUUCUAGAUGAAGACGCCCCCCCCCCCUCCCUCAGUCACAGGUGAUCAUCAGGUCACUGCUAGACGCCGGUCAGGUGACUUCCCGCUGGUCGACGCAGUCAGAUCUUCAGGAUGAAACCUCAGCUCCUCCACUGGUCCUGGUGGACCCGAAGACUCAGAUGAGACGUCUUCUAGAAACUCUGUGAGUCCACAUUCCUUCCUUCAAUGUUUUUUUUCUUUUUUUUUCCUGGAUAAAUCAAACUUUUCAACUCAUUUUAAAGCAUCAUGUUUAAAUUAAUUGUAUCACAUAUAAAGAAAUGAUAAAAGCAUUGAAAUCCAGGUCUAAAGAAGCUGUGUCUCUCUCUACCACCACUGUUGUUUUCAUGUUUUAAUUCUCAAACAUUUAACUGUUAAUUAUAAACUAUUUCGUGCAUGUAACUGUGAACAUCAGCCUUGACUCAGAAAGCACCACAAUAUAUUUAUAUUAGUGUAAUCUUUUCAGCAAAUGUAAUUCAGACCGUCUUUUUAAUUGUCCUAACUCUACAUGUUCAUUUAAAUUAAAACAAAACACAGACUAAUAAAAACUAGCAAACUCA